CUUGACGCAGCUUCUCCGCCCAGGCUCUUUGGGACUUUAUCUCUUUAAAUGUUUGCUUUUAGCGUCCGUGAAUGAGAACCAUGAAAUGUACAUGAAGGAUUCUGUGUCCGCUGCAGAGGUUGGCACGGGCCAGUACGCCACCACAAAGGGCAUCUCGCAGACCAACUUGAUCACCACGGUGACGCCAGAGAAGAAGGCGGAAGAGGAGAAGGACGAUGAGGAGGGCAAGAGGAAGAGGGCAGAGGAGGUCACCCCGGUCUCCGCCACACGCCACGACACAAAGCCAUCUUUGCUUGGCACUGACUCAUUCCCGUCCUCCCCGUCCUCUCAGUGUGGUGGUCCCCAUGCAUCUUCAGCCAAGCUGCGCCGGAGAUGCAAGGAGAGCGCUCGGAAAUCCGUAGGUCGUGACUCACCUAAAGAGAGUGCUCAAAGGCACGGUGAGCCGGACCUGGACUCUGACCGAAAAGGGAGAGGGUGCUCUGCUGAACAAGACGUGGCCUUUGGCUAUAAGCAGAAGGCCGGCAAAGGCGGAACGUUGUUUUCCUUCUCCUUGCAACUUCCAGAGUCAUUCCCUUCUCUCCUGGAUGACGAUGGCUACCUGUCUCUCCCUAACCUCUCCGAAACCAACCUCCUGCCUGCCAGCGUGCAGCAUUACCUUCCCAUCCGCUCCCCGUCCCUCGUGCCUUGCUUCCUCUUCAUCUUUUUCUUUCUGCUCUCUGCCUCUUUCUCAGUGCCAUAUGCCCUCACUCUCUCCUUCCCUCUGGCUAUGUGCCUCUGCUACCUGGAGCCCAAGGCGGCCUCCUUGAGUGCCUCACUUGCCAAUGACCUGAGUGACAGUUCAGAGGAAGAGGAAAGAAGGUUGUGGGAACCUCGUUUCCUCUUCCGGAGCCCUGGUUUUCGUAAAGCAUGGCACACUUGCCACCUGAAAAUUAAACUGCCACAGAAUGGGCCACUUAGCAUUGCUGUUGAAAAUCUGAGCUCAAGCGAAUGUGCUAGUAAGGCGUUUUUCUUUCCCAAAUCUUUCCUAUGCUGGCAGUCGGAUCAAGAGGAAGAUGGAGACCUAAAGGCACAGAAUAGUCUGAUUAAACGAAUACAGGGUGAAAAUGUGUAUGUCAAACAUAGUAAUCUUAUGUUAGAGGACCUAGACAAAACCCAAGAAGAUUUGAUGAAACAUCAGACCAAUAUAAGUGAGCUGAAACGAACCUUCUUGGAAACCUCCACAGAAACGUCUGUGUCCAAUGAGUGGGAGAAGAGGCUUUCCACAUCUCCGGUUCGGCUUGCAGCAAGGCAAGAGGAUGCUCCUAUGAUCGAACCGCUAGUGCCUGAAGAGACCAAAGAAGAAAGUGAAAAAUCAGAAAAACUCAUAUUUUUGCAGAAGGGAGGUACUACAUUCCUUGAAUUGCAGCCAAGUGUGAUAGAGAAGAAGCUGCAGGAAGGAGAAUCUGCUGGCACUUUGGUUACUUCUCAUCAAAUCAUUAUCCAGAAAACUAUACCAUCAUCUGUAGAGGGCACUGAGGAUUGGGUUGUUAUAGACAAAGUACCCUCUGAGGUAGUUGAUGGUGAAUCGCAAAAAAAAGUGGCAUACAAAGUAGUGACUGUGAGCAGUAAAGCUGGCCUUCUGCCUGAGAUAUUGCAAUCCAGUACCCUUCUGAUGCAAAGCUUUGAGGACUUGGAGAGUGAUACUCAAUCCAAAGAGGAGAAUAAGCAGAAAAUGUACACCCUAGGAAAAUCCUAUGAUACCGUUUCCGGGAAAAUUGUAACCAUGACAAGUAAAGUUAAAGAGGGAGAGAAACCAGUACAGCCUUCACCAGAAGCUCUGGAGAAGAUGGAAAGGGAAGUGCAAGAAUCUGUGAAAGUCAUUCCUGUAGUGGCUGAGUAUGAGAUCCUCGAACCGGUCGCUGAUGAGAGAGCCAAGAGGGGAGCGGACGUGCAGAUGACCCAGAGGAAGCCGUCCGACUCCUUAACGCCUAUAAAGGAAGCAGUAUCGCAGCUGCAAAGUCCCGAAGACGAGAGUUGGAAAAAGGCCCUGAAGAUGGAGCAGGAUCUGCAGCUCCACGGUACACUAGGAAGUUUGCAGUUUGGCAAAGCAGAAGGACGCCUUGAGAGUGAAGCUCUAAAAACAGGGGCAGUUGUCCGGAGAGAUAAGAGCCUGUCUGAGUGGAGAUAUUCCAGAGAACGGCCAUAUACCAUUGCUACUGCUCACUAUAUUACUGAAUCGUCUGCAUCUAAAGUAGUGACUAAGCAGUCCAGCGGUGAGAAAACCUUGGAUGGGUCAGAUAUCUUCAGUUUAAUAGAGUCCGCCAGGAAACCAACUGAGUUCAUAGGAGGGGUUGCUACUUCUUCACAUAGCUGGGCUCAGAGAACAGAGACCAAGACAUCUCAGGAGAUCAGCUCCAGUGACAUGAAAGCAGCAGCUCAACCACAGCAGGAGGCGGUGAAGAAGGUGGUUCAGGAGACUGUCGUGGUGGAGCAGAGGCACGGGCUGAGCGGGGAUCCCGCCAAAGCGGCCGGGCUGGCGCCGGAUGCUCCAGCUGCAGCUCCCGUCGGGAAGGGAAAGGAGGGCUCGGCUGUGCCCGACGGGGCUAAGGAGGAGCGGAGGGAGGAGGCCGCGAAGGCCCCGGCCAAGCAGGAGGGUGUCGCUGCUGCUGCAGCUUCUCGCGAGCAGGACGAGGAGCGUCGUACCACAGUCCACGUUUCAGAGACGGUGGAAAAAAAAUCCCAUUUUGAGUCACCAGUUGUGAAGACUGAGACUAUCAGUUUUAGCAGUGUUUCUAGUGGUGGGGAAAACCUUGAAAUUUCAACCAAGGAAGUGCCAGUAGUCCAUACAGAAACAAAAACCAUUACGUAUGAGUCAUCACAGGUGGACAGUGGUGCUGACUCAGAACCAGGUGUAUUGAUGAGUGCACAAACUAUCACAUCUGAAACUACCAGCACUACAACCACUACACAUAUCACCAAAACUGUGAAAGGAGGCAUCUCAGAGACAAGAAUUGAAAAACGGAUAGUCAUCACAGGAGAUGCAGAUAUUGAUCAUGAUCAGGCGCUGGCUCAGGCAAUUAAAGAAGCCAAAGAGCAGCACCCUGACAUGUCAGUGACCAAAGUAGUGGUACAUAAAGAAACAGAAAUCACACCAGAAGAUGGGGAGGAUUGACCACAGGAAUAAUUUAGAUUGCAUAUGAAUCCAGACAUGCACACCAGUAGGAAUACGAGAGCCUAUAUGGAGUCUCAGUUCCAACCUGACUGACUUGUAUCUGUCUGUGGAAAAUUUCAGUACAGAAGAAUUGAUUUUGACCGUUAAUAAAGAAACUGGCAGAGAUAUCUUCCCAUAGAGAGCAAUCUGAAUCAGCAUCAGUUAAACAAUAUUGCAUGAAGCAACAAUAAAAUUACAAAAAAGCAGCAUUUUUAAUUUUCUUAAAAUGUCUAAGUUUUCAGCUAUACCUGCACGUUCAUAAACAAUAUAAACAGUGAUUUCAUAUAACACAUAAACAAUUCAUGCCUUUCACAGUUUAUGAAAGUCUAAACAAAUUAAAAUUUGUUAGGUGGCAAGCCUUAUGUUUACAGAUACUGUAAAUGAAAAUUACCCCAAAAUGCUAGAAGCUGUAUAGCUACUGUGUAUAAUGUUUUACCACACAUUAGAUGUGCCAAUAACACAGUUUAUUCAGUAAACAACUUGAAUCCUAUAUUUGUUUCAUCUGGUUUUAUUACUGUCCGAUAAACAAUGAUGAAUCUUUACUCCUAUCAAAAUAUUUAAAGGCUUACAAAGUGUGCUUUGUAUACCUGACUGAAUACCUUAUGAGGUAGUAAUGAUUUUAGUAUAUUAACUUUAACAAUUUUUGUCAGCAUUGUUCAGAGUCAGCUUCCAGUCACCCUUCACAGAUCCUAACCUUGUAAAUUAUAUGUAGUUAUUUUGGAGAAAAUCUGUAUUUUACUUAGUUUGCAGCAUUAGAAAAUUAUUAAUCUGAAAUAACCAUGAUGGUUUUCUAUUGAUUUCCCUUUUGUUCUCAGAGGAGAAAAAAAUAUGUUGGAGAAUCUGGUCAGCAUUUACUAUCUAGUUGAGAAUCAAGCCUUAACCUGUACAGAGCAUCCACUGAAAACUCAUUUGUGUUCAGCUAUAAUACACACUGAAGGAAUAGAGUCCAUUACACUGUCAGCUGCAUCACAACACAUGGUGAAUGUAUGUUUCUGCAUAGUGAAAUAAAAGUGGUAAAUGCA